GCUAAAUUCUGUUGUUAGGUGGUAAGCUUCAGUUCUUUGUAGCUUUUAGAAAGCAUCUGAGAUUGUUUUUUUUUUGUUCUGUGGAUGUGAAUUAUUUAUUUGCCAGUAAAUCUGAGAGGAGUUCAAUGAAUUCUUGUUUGCAAUGGUAAAAAUUGGGGCUUUCAGUCUCUAUAUGGAAGAUCUACAAGGCCAAGACAGUGGAUAGUGGGGACCUUCACCCCUAGUCCCUAUACCUUUUUUUAAAAAAAUAAUGAAAAGAAAAGGCUGCAACUUUGGUUAAAGUGCUUUAAUUUGAUAUGAUGAAGGGUAUAAGUUCAGCUUAAAUGAAGCUGUGGAUAUUUAAUUAGCCAACCCCAACUUGUUUAGGACCGAGAGGUAGUUUUUUUUUCCUUCCUUUCACCUCUCCGUAGGAGCUCCUCCUUUGCACCCUUGGUGAAUUGAUGCACCAACCUUUUGGUUGGAGGUGGAGGGUACUUUUCAUCUGAGCUACCCCCUCUUAUCGAGAGGUAGUUGUUGUAUUGGUUUAAGUGCUUUAAUUUGAUAUGAUGAAGGGUAUGAGUUGAGCUUAAAUGAAGCUAUGGGGAUUCAAUUAGCCGCCUCAACUUGUUUGGGACUGGGAGGAUAUUUGGAUCAUUGAAAUGUGUUGUGGAUGUGAAUGUUAAAGCUUGGAGCUGGAGAACUUUUUGUUGACGAGGCCGGGUGUAUGCUGGAAUUUUUCCUAUUGUAUUCUGGAUAUAUAUGAUAUGCUAAACCGGUAGAUAAUAUUUCACAAUGAGGCCUUCUCAAAACCCUGAGGAUAUCAACGAGUUUAACAGAUUCUAUAACCAACCCAUAGAGUAUCAAGAUUCCUUUUUCCUCCCUUCCAUUAACAAUCUGAACAACAACCAAUCGUUCUAUGCUGAUGUCUCUGCCUUAAAACCUGACCAACACUGCUAUGUUGAAUCAUCCACGGGAAAUUCUAGUGAACUUGUUUCCCAUUCACCUCCUAUUGUUAAUUUCAAUCCCAUGAUGCACCAAGGUUCAGAUUCAUGUCGUUCAGAUAUGUAUCAUUCUCCUGAUGAUACAUUUCAAUCGUCGGGUAACAGUUCGUGCUACACUAGUGAUGUUACUGACCUGAAGCUCAAGUUAAGGGAACUUGAAACUGCAAUGCUGGGGCCAGAUUCAGAAAGCUUGGAAUCAUAUAAUACUAUUUCCGUAGCUGCAGCCAAUCAAGUUUCACCGGAGUCAGAUAAAUUGGUUGGAAUGAUGGAGAUGAUGCCUAGCGGAGACUUGAAAGAAGUGCUAAUUGCUUGUGCUAAAGCAAUAGCGGAGAAUAAUUUGAUUACAGCUAAAUGGUUAAUGUCAGAACUACGCACAGUGGUAUCCGUUUGUGGGUCUCCAAUACAACGUUUAGGAGCCUAUAUGCUGGAAGGUUUAGUUGCCAGAUUGGCCUCCUCGGGAAGCUCCAUCUACAAGGCCUUAAGAUGCAAAGAGCCUACUAGUGUUGAGCUAUUCUCGUACAUGCACUUGCUUUACGAAAUCUGUCCAUACUUCAAGUUUGGAUAUUUGUCAGCAAAUGGUGCAAUUGUUGAUGCCAUGAAAGAUGAGAACUCAAUUCAUAUAAUUGAUUUCCAGAUUGCUCAGGGUAGCCAGUGGAUCACCUUAAUCCAUGCUCUCGCAGCCCGGCCUGGUGGACCCCCAAGAAUCCGCAUCACAGGGAUUGAUGACUCCACGUCAGCUUACGCCAGAGGAGGAGGGAUUGAAAUCGUAGGUCGAAGGUUGUCAAGCAUUGCUGCAUCUUGCAAUGUACCUUUCGAAUUUCAUCCCAUAGCUGCUUCUUGUCCUGAUGUUGAGAUUGAGCAUCUUAAGGUUCGUCCCGGGGAACCAUUGGCUGUGAACUUCGCGCUCGUCUUGCACCAUAUGCCUGAUGAGAGCGUUGGAACUCAAAAUCACAGAGACAGACUUCUAAGGAUGGUUAAAAGCUUAUCUCCCAAGAUUGUUACCUUAGUAGAACAAGAGUCCAACACUAAUACAGCCCAAUUCUUCCCCAGGUUUUUGGAGACACUGAACUACUACCUAUCUGUAUUCGAAUCAAUAGACGUGGCUCUACCUAGGGACCAUAAGGAACGAAUUAACGUUGAGCAACAUUGCUUGGCCCGUGAAAUUGUGAACAUAUUAGCAUGUGAAGGGGCAGAGAGAGUGGAGCGUCAUGAGCUUCUUGAAAGGUGGAGGUCAAGAUUUUCUAUGGCGGGGUUUAAACCAUAUCCGUUAAGCUCCUCAGUGAAUGCUACUAUCAAGACUCUACUGGAGAAUUACUAUCAGAGCUAUACGCUUGAAGAGAGAAAUGGUGUUCUUUAUCUUGGCUGGAUGAAUCGAGAUUUAGUUGCUUCUUGUGCGUGGAAAUAGUGUCUAUCGGAAACAACCUUUCUAUCCUGCAAAGGUAGAGGUAAGGUCCACCUACAUCCUACCGUAAGUAGGUGCAUGUAACUUGUAGCUUAAUAAUGGUAAGAGAUAGUAACACCUUUUUUUUUCCUGUUUGUAUUAAGUUAAAAGCACAGUAAUUUAAUCUUAUGAGGAUCUGUUCUAUCAGAAACUAAUCUCUGUCUUUUUU